AUGGUCAUUACCUCCCCCUUCAUCUUCGAGCUCAAGCUCAACACCACUGGGAUCUGCGUCAUCCGGCUGGACACGGUGGACCAUGACGGGUAUCGCGUCAUCCUCCGGUCGGGACCGUGGCAGUCCGACAUUGGGAGAGUCUCGCACUAUGAUGUCACCGUCGUUGCUACACAAUACACACCAGACAUCACAUCAGCUGCUGAGUUUCGGAGGUUCUGGAUUUGUUGGUCGAAGGGCGGAAGUGUUGGUGUGGGCAGAAGUGGGGAUGACGAACCCUUCAUAGCCUGGACAGACCCUAAUCCAGUCACUGAUGACAUCACGCUAGCAGGCUACAAGACCAUGUAUGUUCUAGGGGUCUUUAGGUUCAACUGUACACAAGAUAUUGACGAGUGCUCCACUCUGAAUGGCGGCUGUUCCCAGACCUGCACCAACACUGUAGGCAGUUAUAACUGUUCCUGUAGUGAAGGGCUGGUACUGGACGAAGACAAUCAUACCUGUUCGGGAAAUAGAGAGUCCUUCGCCAUGAUCACUCAGAUGGGAACGAAUCCAUGUUGGUUUGUGGAAGAUAAGAAUGCUCCAGGAAGAGGACCAACUGUUGUAGAGGCGUUCAUACCAACAGAUGGAUCCCCAGGCGUGUGUUUUGACCCGCCGACCCAAGUCAACACUACCGGACCUGUGUGUGGCUGUCCUUAUCUGUUGGGGGAGAACUGUACCUACCCAUGUUCCCCGGGAUAUCACGUCAUUUCCGGUGAUGUCAUUGUCAGAACAUGCAAGUCAAAUGGAUCAUGGACAGAGACGGAUCUUUUCUGCCAAGAUAUUGAUGAAUGCAGCAGUGUAGAGUCAGUGUGUGACUUUAACGCCUUUUGUGCGAACACGGAUGGGAGCUACCACUGUGUGUGUCUGGACGGAUUUACAGGAGACGGGAACAAUUGUCACAGAUUUUCAACGUCAGCAUCAACAUCAACAACAACAAUACGCACUACAGACCAAACUACAUCUCAUACAGAAGCGCCUACUGCAUCUGUGAAAUCAACCGGCUGGUUUCCUCUUACAGACACGGACACAUCUACGUCAACUGUGGUAUCUACCAGAUCAACAGCCAUGAAAACGACCUUGCUUCAAGAUGUCUUUGGGGAGAUUGACUCAGAAAUAACUGAAGAAAGUUCUACCGAACAUGUGUCGACUAUGCUCACAUCCCCAACUCAGACACCAGCUAAGUCAACUCCUCAGCCUCAUGUUUUCAUGGCCACCCAGGAAUCCUCAACACAGACGUCCUUUCUAAUGGAGGAGGAUAUACCUGCUCUUAUUCAAACUCUUGGUGACAAGGUGAACUACUUCAAAGGGUCGCUGGAUGAUCAUACGGAGCUUCUGAAAGAAGUGACUUACGCGACAUCGUCUGUACUACGAGCUCAGAGCAGUAGCAGGGAGAUUGUUGCCAUGGGCACCAGUAUUGACCUUUUCGUUGGCGUCACUGAUGAGGUGAAAGACCUGAUAGACGUUGAUUCCCCCGACAUGUCACCGAUAGAACAACUGGAGCAAAAGGAGAAAGAGCAAGAACGUCGUAAGUCUCGGAUAAAGAGUGAAACUCUGCAGUUGCUGGACCUGUUGGAGACGGCAGCACACAAGCUGUUGGAGGAAACAUUACCGGGAGGGGAGGGUGCACACUUCGAGGCAGACGGUGUGUUCACGGCAGUGAGGAGGGGCAUCCCUGAUGUUGGGACCGUUCCUAUCGAUCGGGAUAUCGGCUUCAUCGACCUUACAAAGGAAGAUGGCCUUCCUGAGGAUGUCAGUAUAACGAUUGUGGCGUUUGACGAUGAUCCUUUCGUGUGGAGUAAAGACGAUGCCGAAGUAUCCUCAGCUGUAGUCAUGAUGACAAUCGCCAAAGAUACCGAUGUCCAUGGAGGCCAGUCCCACAAUUAUGCAUCACCAAGCCUGCAGUUAAACAUCACCGUUGGUCUGAGGUCUUUGAUACAGUUUGGGACCACUGAUGACACAGAAAAGCAGUAUCACGAGACCCUGCCGACAUCAUACAAGCAGAAACUCGAUGAUGCCAAGAAAUCAUUCCCCCUGACCAAGGUGCCUCUGCUCCAAUUCUCAGUCGAUGACGUCGACACGGAGCUGCAUGUGUACGUCCGGAUUCACGACUUCCCAACAGAAGAAGAGUACGACUACACGACAACUGUCAAACCUCCUGACGUCACUGAUUAUGACGGCUUUGAGAUGCCGUACGGCUUAGUUUACUCCAACUUCACCUUUUCAUUCGUUCCGGAGAUGCGAAACGAACAUGGAUGGGUCAUAGUUGGAGUGAAGGAUAAGGGUAGAGACAGACCGGACAGUGGUUUCAGACGACUGCUGACGUCAGCGGAUCGAGGCUACCAAACCACGCCCCCUGCAGGUCGCCAUGGCAACCCGUCAGGAUUCACUCUGCAGACAGCUGCAGUCUCCUGUCUGAUGUGGGGAAGGGAAAACCAGACGUGGAAUAACCAACGCUGCAAGGUUGGGAUCGAAACGAACGAGACGACCACACGGUGCACGUGUGACAUAGCACAACGCAGCAAUGGGAAAAGCAACAGGAGCAACAUUUCCAUAAACAACAAAGUGGCCACCAGCUUUAGUCUUGGACAAGCAGCAAAGCUGGACAAAGCAAACACCAGCAUGGCGCUUGUUCCCAAAGUCUCCACCAUCCCAUCAGAGGUCCCCGGUGCGGACUACGUCUAUGUUAUGUCUGUCCGUACGGGAACCCAGCCUGAUGCCGGCACGGCGUCUGUGGUCGGGCUGAUGAUCACAGGGUCAGAGGGCAGGACAGCCAUGGUUACACUCAACCCUGCUGGUUCGAUCCUAGCCCGAGGUGGUGACACGUACCACAUCAUGACGACACCAGCCUCUAUCGGCGAGCUCCAGUCUGUACAGGUCUGGCAUGACAGCUCCGGGAAGGGCGCCAUGGAGUCACUCUUUAUAGACAACGUCACAGUCUGGGACGUACAGACAUCACGGGGAUUCCCUUUCCCAUGUUGCGCCUGGCUCUCUUCACACAAAGGAGACGGUAGGACAAUCAGGACGUUGAAGGCAGCACCUGAAGGAGACAUGUGGAUAUCGGAGUAUUCCCUACCGACGUUUUCGUAUCUGCUAUAUGAUGAACAUCUGCUCCUGUCAGUGAUGUGUAACUCCGGUGUGAGACACUUCAGCCGGGCGCAGCGCCUGGUCUGCUGCCUGACUCAGAUCACCCUGUGGAUGGUGGGCAGCGCCAUGUGGUACGGGGUUACAGUUGGUGCAGACGAUGUGGUUUUCCUUGACAUCGGCGUAUUCACCCUCCGUCUUUCGGAACUGCUUGGUACUGCAGCGACGUCGUUCACGGUGUUCCUGCCAGUUUACGUCAUCCUUGUACCGAUGUUUCGUAAGCAGCUCCCUUUGGUAGAUCAGAUCCCUUCAGAUGUACUGAAGACGCCGACAUCUCCUUCCACCCGCCGGUUUCCUUACAAGACGGUGGCGUGGAUCCUCGCCACCCUGACGUCUGUCUGCAACAGCUUCUUCGUCAUCGUGUACAGUCUGCAGUUUGGAGCUGGGAGAAGCCAGGCUUGGCUGAAGGACUUCGUUCUGACAUUCCUGUUCUCUACAUUUUUACUGGAACCUGUUCAGAUCUUUUUGGCUGCCUGCACAAAAGCAGUCAUCAUCGCACCGAUGGUUUGCUCUGUGACAUCUUGUGUUCGACUGAAUGCUUUGGGGAUAAAAGCAGGGGAGAAACAGCGGUCUCCGAUCGGUAUUGUUCAAAAGAAGAACAAGGAUUAUGAAGUCCCUGAGCCGAGGGUUUUACCACCAGCCCCGAAGAAAACCGACCAUGACCCGAACUGGACGGAAAGGAUGGCUGCGGGUAGAAACAUCCUGGUUACCCUAAUGAUACUACUGAUCUCCACCGUGAUUGCCUUCUACAUCGGGUUUCUGGACUUCGACAGACACACCUACCACGUCCGGACAUCGCUGGAGAACAGCCUGCUGUCCGGAUUUGAUGAGGUCACCACGGCAGACGACGCUUGGGAGUGGCUGUCAUCUGAACUGAUGCCGUCCCUUCAUCCAGAGCGUGGAUACAGUGGGAAGAAACUGAGGUGGCUGGACAAACAGUUUCCGGUUGGAACAAACGCAUUCCGGAUCAGCCCCGUUCGCCUGGAGAGAACCACCAUCUAUCCAAAUGACCCAACAGACAUAGAUCUCGAGCUUUUGGGGGAAGGGCUCUAUCCUGAGCUGCUGAACAAGCAAAUACGUGCAGUUCAGGACCGACUGAGCGAACCGAACUGUUCAUACAAUGGAACCACACACAUCUUGGAUGUUUUUAGAAACGGAAGUUCGGCGUGUAUCACCACAGUGGACCUACCACAGGAUGCUGGCCAGGCCAGUGCGAUGAUAGACCUCCUACAACAGACCAACUGGAUCCUGAUGGUUUCCGACACUCUCAUCCUCCGGGCCAACUUCUACCACCCUGACGUCAAGCUGUUCAGCACCAUGGUCAUCACCCUGCAGUACAUACCAGGGGGCGCUGCUGAACUGCAGCCACACAUCCAGACCUUCCGACUGUUCCAGUACGAGACAACAGACGACUUCGUCCAGAUGCUUUUCCACAUCCUAUUCCUCCUAUUCUUCAUUUACAACGUCCUUCGUGAAAUUGGUAAUAUCCGAAAGAGCGGCCGUCUCUACUUCGGUAGUUUCUGGAACAUUUUGAUCCUGUGCAACAUUGGCUUGUCGAUAGCCGUUAUUGUGACAUUCGGACUACGGUACAUCCGAGCAGCUGCUGCAUUGGGUGAUAUACAGCGCGUAAAAGGACUACACGGCAUUAAUGAGUUUGUGGACAUCAGUGCUGCCAGCCAAUGGGACACAACCUUCAAGUCGGUCCUGUCCUUCUCCAUCUUCAUAAGUACCUUCAGCAUCCUGCGGGUUCUCAACUUCUCCAGGAGUGUUGCUACCGUCUUCGCUCUGCCUCGUCUGAUAUACCGUGAGGCCUUUGGGUAUGCGGUGUACAUGCUGGUUAUCAUAGUGGCCUACGGCUUCUGCGGGAUACUGAUAUUCGGCAAACACAUGAAGAGCUUCUCCGCCUUUAAGGAAACAUCGUACGUGCUGUUUGAGAUGGGCUUGGGGCGGCCGUUCGUCGAUGUCUUUGCCGACGACAUGAAGAGAGUGGAUCGUGUGUUGGGACCUCUGUACUUUUCUACAUUCGUCUUGGUCUUCAUCACUUACCUGAUGAAUCUAGUAGUCGGGAUGCUGUGUAACUGGCUGAGCUACUGUCAGACGUCAGACGACAUUGAGGUGGACACCGCGAUGGGAGAUUACUUCUGGAACUCCUUCAGGAGUAUUCUGGACAUGCGCCAUGAGACCCAAGUCUCUGACGGUAACUUCAGUAUUUGCCAUUGUCUGUUUCAUGACAAUCAUUUUCACUUUUUUACCAACGAAUCUAUUUCCAAAGGCUCAACCAGAAAUGAAGCACCACUUCCGGAAUACUUUAUGAACGAGACCUUCCAGCGGACGGAUGCGGUACUGCAGGAGGUGGCCAGGGUGACUGACCUGGUGUACAAGUUUGAGUGCAAGGAGCGAGGUUCCACGUCUACUGAUCCAUACGCUUAG